CUUGUCUUGAGAUCGAUCUUGCUUGAUGAGAUUUGUCCAAUCAUCUUCUCAUUCGCAUAUCAUUAUAUUCGCCGUAUCAGCAUCUCUUUUUUAUUAUUUCAUUUAAUUCAAAUCAAUUUUCACAGCCAUUAAUCCAGCCAUGUCUUCCUCCACCGCCAAACUAUAUCCUCCAUCCAAGCAAGCUUCCACAACCACAACCAACCCACUCCCAACCCUCCUCCAAACACCCUCCGGCCUCGCAAUUCUCGAGCUACAAGGAAGUAUAAAUCUUCCCCAAGACACCGAAGGCGAGACUCUCAAAGACGUGGAAUUCGGAAGACUCGAGUUCCCAGAAUAUUCACCAGACGCCAUCGGGACGGCUUGGAUGAAGCGAGUCCACAUGUACAUUGGCCAGCACCAGCGGCUAACGGGCGAAGUGAAGAAGCUCCCCAAGGCGCUUGCCGUGGUGAGGAAACGGCAGAAUAGGAUGCUAGAGAGCUCUUCUGGGCCGUAUAUGGAGGAGGGCGAUAAUCUAGAGGUGGUUGAUAUCGUCAAAUACAAGCUCAUGUUUGCGAAUCGACCAGAACCCGUUGGAACGGCUCAUGCCCCCGCUUCAUGAUGGAUAGAGAAGAAAAUCUCCUCUCCGUUCAUCUUUCUACAUUGUAUAUAAUUCAGUGCGUUAACACAACAACGAGACCUUUAUGAAGAAGCCAUAAUGAGAUAUGAAUGCAAUUGUUAUGGAUUCAGGUUACUCAUGUCCCUGGAGAGCUAUGG